AGAUGAUGGUAUAUAGAAGCAGGGGUGUAGAGAGGAAAGGUAGGAGGCAGAGAGCGUGGGCAGCGUAAGUGAGCGACGGCACGGUAUAGAAGUAUGCUUGUGGAUGGGAUUUAUGAUGGGAGGAGAUGGCUGCAUUGCUCCACGCCGAAGGCGGCCAGGCUCUUAUAUGCACAUUGGGCAGUGAAUCUGCAAAAGCAACACCGUCAAAGGACUUUGUCACUGAACGGCAUUCAGGCCUUCACUGACGUUGACUUGCUGCCCCAGGGCAAGCGAGAGGGGAAGGAUGUCGACUGGCUGUGCGACCCAAUAUGUCCAAGAUCUGAACCACUUGUUUUGGACAGGCUCGGUCAGAGGCGAGAAAACAGGCCAAACAGCCGGGCGAAGAGAAGAAAGCAUGCCGGCUUUUAUGGGUACGGGAAGCUCGGUGGUGCUUCGUUGGGUAGGUUUGUAAGUAGACUGGGGGACCUGUCGCUUGUCGACACAGCCCAGCACCCACAUCGCGGCACACACAUGAGGAACGCCAGGCGAGGCAAGACAAGGCAAUGCAGUCAAGGCCAGUUCAAUGCAAGACAAGCCAAGACAGGCAGGGACAUGGACGGGGACGGGUACGGAGACGGGACCAGGGGUGGGCGACGGAAGAGACGCCUGGGCCCGCGAGUGAGCCCGUCUGAGCCCGUCUAAGCCCGCGCUGAGGAGUGAGGACGGCCUCACGGGAGACGAGUGGUAUACCGGAAGACACUGGGAACAAGGGACUUGGGGAUGCGCUCCGCGGGAUACCAGAGACGCAAAACUGGCUGGCACAACGGGGGCGCUCCGGUAUCCAAGUUGACGGGACGGGG